AUGGCAGGUUACACCGUGCAGUAUCUUUCUUCCGGAUGGGAAUUCAAAUGCGAAACGGAUCAGAAAUGGCUCUCGGUCUCUCAGAUUCCCAGCCACGUUCACACCGAGCUCAUGCAUCACGGCCUAAUCUCGGACCCCUUUUUAAACAGUAACGAACUGGAAAGUCGAUGGGUAGCCGAACGGACGUGGUACUACCGGACGACCUUCAAGACGCCGAGCGAGGUGACGCUCAACGGCAAAGACAUCUUGAAGUCAGACAACAUGUUCGUUGAGCACCGCAUCAGCAUCACGGACAUUCUGGCCGACGACAUCACAGAGAACAAUUUGGAGAUCGAGUUUGAGCCUGCACGCCGCCGUGGGCUGGACCUUGUCAAAGCGCACUCGGAACACGACUUCAUUGUGCAUCAGACCGAGGUCAGCAGGGGCCCGGUGCGGAAGGCACAGUAUCAUUGGGGCUGGGACUGGGGUCCAAUCCUCUUGACAUGCGGGCCGUGGAAGCCUGUGAGAUUGGAGACCUACGUUAGCAGGAUCGAAGACAUCCGCGUGGACUACGAGGUUCAUACUGACGAUGACGGGUUCGCGACCAUGCUGGAAGCUAUCGUCCAUGCCCGAGUCAUAGGACCCGCGGCAGAGAUUGAGGUCGAGCUCGCCGUUCCAGGAUCACCAUACGGAGCAAAACCAGUUGUGCUUCUGAGGGACCGAAAAACGAACCCCGAUGGUGUCUCGCCGUGGCGAUACUCAUCGGACCGGGUGAAAUGGGGGAAUCCACAGCUGUGGUGGCCGCGCGGGUACGGCACGCAGACGUUCUGUGACUUGCAGCUGCGAAGCAUUGCUGGCGAUGGAUCAACGGUUUUGGUGGAAGAGUAUCAGAAGAUUGGGUUCCGCAAGGUCGAGCUGAUUCAGGAGAACGACCAGUAUGGUCAGUCUUUCUACUUCCGCGUCAACGGAGAGGACAUCUUUGCCGGCGGUUCCUGCUGGAUCCCAGCCGACAGUUUCUUCCCCCGAGUCACCCCUGACCGCUACCGGCAGUGGAUCGAGAUUCUCGCCGAGGGCAACCAAAACAUGAUCCGGGUUUGGGGCGGCGGCGUCUACGAAGAAGAUGCCUUCUACACAGCCUGCGACGAACUCGGCAUCCUCGUCUGGCAGGAUUUCAUGUUCGCCUGCGCCUCGUAUCCCACCUACCCCGAGUUCCUCGCCUCGGUCGAGGUCGAAGCCCGCCAGAACAUCCGCCGCCUCCGCCACCAUCCCUCGGUCGUCCUCUGGUGCGGUAACAAUGAAGACUACCAGCUCAUCGAGCGCUACGACCUCGAGUACAACUUCGCCUCGGACAAGAACCCGCAGUCGUGGCUCAAUUCCACCUUCCCCGCCCGCUACAUCUACGAGCAUUUGCUGCCGACGAUCCUCCGCGAGGAGUCCCCUUCCACUCAUACAAUCUACCACCCUGGCAGCCCCUGGGGCAACGGCAGCAGCACGACGCUCAACGUCGACCCCACGGUCGGCGACAUCCACCAGUGGGACCUGUGGAACGGCGAGGCCAAGCCCUGGCAGCUUCUCCCGCAGAUGGGCGGGCGGUUCGUCAGCGAGUUCGGUAUGGUCGCCUAUCCGCACGUCGACACCAUCCAGCGCUUUGUCACGGACCCGGCCGAGCGGUACGCCGGCAGCAGGACGCUGGACUUCCACAACAAGGCUGUCAUGCACGAGCGCCGGCUGCUCGCGUACAUCGGGGAGAAUUUUCGGGUGGAGUGGGCGCGAAACCUGACCGCGUUUGCGCACCUGACGCAGGUGCUGCAGGCGGACGCCCUCGGCGCGGGCUACAAGUCGUGGCGGAGGCAGUGGGGCCGGCGGAAGGGAGGAGAGAGGAGAUGUGGCGGGGUCUUGGUAUGGCAGCUGAAUGACUGCUGGCCGGCCGUGUCGUGGGCCGUGGUAGACUACUACCUGGUCAAGAAGCCGGCGUACUACGCCAUCCAGCGGGCCAUGGCGCCGCUCGCGGUCGGCGUGGCACGCACGUUCCACGACUGGACGGCGAGGCCGGCCGACGAGCUCUGGCGGCGGAACACGGGGCAUGUUGACCCGAGACGGGCGCUGACUGACGUUCGGUUUGAUGUCUGGGUGGUCAGUUCGAGGGCCGAGGCGGUCAGGGGGGAUGUGAUGGUGAGGUUCGUAUCGGUCAAGACGGGGGAGGAGGUCGGCGAGAGGAUGCAGGAGGAGGUUCUUGUCCCGCCAAAUGGCUGCGUCGAGGUCUUAACGGGGCGCAAGUUUGACUGGGAUAAAGUUUCGGUGGCUCAACCUGAGCCGUUUGUUAUCCACGCAACUCUGUGGGUGGAUGGUGUGCUAGCGAGCAGCGACACGUCAUGGCCGGAUCCCAUCAAAUAUCUUGACUUGUCGUCAGACAGGGGGCUAGUCGUGAAACAUGUUGACCAGGGGCUUGUCGAAGUCUCAGCCGCCAAGCCGGUGAAGGGGUUUGUGUUUGCUGAGCGACAAGGGCUCAAUCUGAGUGACAACGGCUUUGAUCUCGUCCCUGGAGACAAGCCGAAGCUGGUUUGGGUGGAGGGCGGUCGUGGUGAUACCAUAGAGCUUACGUGGAGAUUUGUUGGUUGUCCUUGA